UGGGAUUAUUAUAUGCAUGAGUGACCCGCCUGAGCCAAUCAUAAGCCAGAAAAAGAGAAGACGUCGUAGGCAAUCUGUCGCUUGUGGAAAAGCACUUUUAUAACCCACCAGGCCCGUGGAGGAUAGUACAAGUUACGCCUUCAGGGAAUCAAACAGAAUAAUGGACAAGCGUAUUGUACUCUUAGUACUUGCCGUCGCGGUAUGCACGGAGGCCAAGAGCCUGAAAGGUGACAAAAAGUGUGACGUAUCUUGUAUGCCAACGAGCUGUGCGCCAGCCUGCCCACCAGCAUGUUGUGCACCACCCCCACCCCCACCCCCACCACCACCCCCACCACCACCACCACCACCACCACCACCACCACCAAUCACCCUCCACCACGAGCAGCACGUCGUUAGCCACGUGAUGCACCCAGCUCCCCCACCACCACCACCUCCACCACCAGCACCCUGCAUGCCACCAUGCCACCAGACCCAAGUGGUGCACUCCGUCCAGUUUCACGCCUCCCCACCGGGCCCCCCACCAGCACCCAUGCCUGCCCCACCCCCAAUGGUCGUCCCAUCCCACCGACACGUCUUCCACCACUUGACCCAUCCAGCACCACCACCAAUGCAGAUGGCUCCAGCACCUUGCCUGCCACCUUGCCACACCGUCCAGACAGUGCACCAGCACGUCCACCACUUCCCGCCACCACCACCACCACCCUGCCCCGUCGCCUGCCAGCCCGCCUGCCAGCCCAGCUGUUUUGGAAAGUAAAUUCUCGCGCGCUUCCCGUUGACUCGGAAUGUGAGGCGUUAGAAGUGACAUGAUGCAGUUCAGAAGAAGACGGAGAGGAAAGUAGAGGGAGGAAAUACGUGUGAAUCUCAGUGAUUCCGUAUAUUUGUUCACCCAGUAUUUCUUUGUACAUAAGAGUGUUCUUCGCUUUUGUUCCAAUUUUUGGGACAUAAUGUGAAAAAGAUUUCAAGUGGAAUUGUACGUCUGCAUUGUAUUGCAGUUUUCUGUUAUGUUUGAAUAAAUUCGUGGAAAUAUUUGAA